AUGCACAGUGCCGCCCCCGCCAUCCUGCUGGCAGCUCUCAGCCUGCCCUCCGCCAUGGCGGGCCAGUGUUCUGCGGUAGGCCAAUACUCUACGAACUCCGCAGGCUUUGGUAGCGGCGGAAAUACUAUUGCCAACGGCGGAUCUCUCAAACUCUAUGAUGCCGAUAGCAACGAGAUCGGCGCUUACGACGGUGAUAAAUCGGUCUGUUCCGACCUCAUCACUUUCGGCUCCGACUCCCUUGAUGACACCUUCUCGUGGGGCGCGGCAUGUGGAGGAAGUGGCCUCAGUGGCUGCCACGGUGCCUACGCUACACAGACUCACAUUGAAGGAGAAGAACCCACUAGCGACACCAACUUCUAUGGUGUUGGAGAGUCUGUUGAGUCUGAGUGCAUUGUCUAUUUUGACUGCUAG